AUGGAUCCUGUGACAGUUGCCACGGCUGUUGCCGGUGGCGUCCUUGGUGGAUACAUUCUUGACUCAAGUACCCAUAUCCGAAACGACUUUCAUCAGCUGCGAGUAGCUCUUGGUUCUGCACUCAAGGUGCGAGCAGCUAUUCGACAACAACGCGAGCAUCUCUAUUAUCGUUUCGAAGAAAAGGCUAAGGCAACACCCGAUCGCAUCUUUCUUUACUUUGAGGAUAAAACAUACACUUUUCGACAAGUUGAACAAGCAUCAAAUCGUUUGGCACGUUGGUUGUUGACCACUCAAAAUGUCAAGCCAAGAGAUGUGGUUUGCAUGAUGCAUCCAAACCACCCGCUGUUUAUGGUGACUUGGCUUGCCAUUCUAAAAAUUGGAGCUAUACCAUCUUUGCUUAAUACCAAUCUCAAUGGGGAGUCGCUGGUGCAUUGCGUCCAAGUAUCAAAAGCACGCCUAUUUUUGUUCGACCCACAAUACACUGAGCAAGUUCAAAUGGCUGCCAGCAGCCUGGAUGGGGUCGCUGUGUAUGGUUAUGGCGAAGGUUACACGGACAAGUUCCCCAUGAUCACCGAGGAAAUCCUAGCCGGGUUUAGCUCUGAUGACACGGACAAAAAGUUGCUCAAAGUCGAAGGCCCUGAAGAUCCCGCAUUAUUGAUCUAUACCAGCGGUACUACAGGCAUGCCAAAGGCUGCUAUCUUGACACAUUAUAGGACGAAUCUCAGUUGCUGGGCUAUGGCAGCUAUGGCACAAACGCGUUCCACUGAUAUCACAUAUACAUGCCUUCCAAUGUUCCACAGCUCUGGUUUGAUUGUGUCUCUAGGAGCUACUAUGGUGGGUGGCGGCUCAAUUGUCAUUGCUCGCAAGUUUUCAGUCAGCCGCUUUUGGGAUGACAUUUACAAAUACAAAGUGACCAUUUUUCACUACAUUGGAGAGCUUUGCCGAUACUUGGUCAACCAACCACCUCAUCCACUCGAGAAAAAACAUUCUCUUCGCCUUAUUUUCGGCAAUGGCAUGCGAUACGAGGUGUGGAAACCUAUGCGGGAGCGCUUUGGCAUCCGUAAUGUGGUAGAGUUUUAUGCAGCUACCGAAGGGCUGGGUAUCUUUUUCAUCAACAGCAAAGAUGGCAAAGGAGCUGGGGCUAUUGGCCAGCAUGGAUUGUUGAUGCGUUUGUUAUCUCGUGGCCGUACCAAGAUUAUCAAGAUUGAUCCAAUCACCCAAGAGCCAUAUAGAAACAAGCAAGGAUUUUGCGUCGAGUGUGCCCCUGGUGAAUCUGGUGAAUUCAUUGCACGCUUUGAUAAUCUCGAUCUUACGCCAUUUACUGGGUACUUUGAAAACAAAAAGGCAACCAGCAAAAAGAUCUUACGGGAUGCAUUCAUUAAAGGUGACGCUUAUUUUCGAUCCGGUGAUUUGAUCCGGUACGAAAAGAACUCGUACUAUUACUUUGAUGAUCGACUUGGGGAUACAUUUAGAUGGCACGGUGAGAAUGUGGCAACAACAGAAGUCUCGCAUGCCAUGUCCAAUUAUCCAGGAAUUGCCGAAGUGAAUGUGUAUGGUACACUUGUCCCCAAUCAUGAUGGUCGAGCAGGCAUGGCAGCCAUUGUUCUCAAACCAGGUGUCACGAGUCUUGACAUGAGUGACCUGUAUCAGCACAUGAGCAAACGCUUGCCACGCUAUGCUAUCCCACGCUUCUUGCGAUUCCUUCCCGAGAUGACAAUCACUGGCACUUUCAAGCAACAAAAGUAUGAGCUGCAGAAGCAAGGCAUUGACAAUGUGCCUGAAGAUCAGCCCUUGUAUUGGCUGGUGGGUGACACCUAUACUCCCUUUGGAUCAAAAGAGUUACAGCAAGUAAAGCAAGGAAAAGCCAAGCUCUAA